AGGCUAAAACGGAGAGUAAAGACUCGUAGAGCUGUGUAUAUGCAGUCAGGCAGACUCAAAGGCAUUUAGCUGCAAAAAAAGAAGAAAGGAAAAAGGCUGGUGACGGAAAACAUGGAGCAGGAGGUGGCCUUUGAAGCAAACUCAAUUGAUCUGGUAGCAGACGAAUCUAUAAAUGACAGUAAUAUCCCAGAAUUGUAACAAGAGCAUUGAAUUGAAGAAUAGAAGCAGAGGCACAGAAGCUUUAUGGAGAUGCAUCAAUGAAUUGGGAGUCUCAAUUGAAGGGAAUAAGAUACCUCUGCUACAAAAACUAGAAGAGAUGGAGCAGAGGGAUAGAGAAAGAAGAAAGAAAGACACGGGGAGAUGGAACAUAAAUGAAAUAAAUGUAAUCUCCAUAGAAAGCAAAGAGCUAAGGCAAGUUGGAGAGAUAAAACAAGGUGUAAUGAAGCAUUUUGAGAACUUAUUCACUGACGAGGGAUGGCCAAGACUGACAUUAGAGGGGUUGAAUUUCAAAACUAUUUCAGAGGCAGAUAGAUGCAUGCUUACUGAACCUUUUACAGAAGAAGAAGUCAAAACAGCAGUAUGGAAUUGUGACAGCACCAAAGCACCAGGUCCAAAUGGAUUCACUUUUGGUUUUAUAAAGAAUGGAUGGGAGAUGAUUAAAGCAGAUAUCAUGGAGUUCCUCAAGGAUUUUCACAGCAACGGAAGAUUGGUAAGGGGCUAUAAUGCUUCUUUUCUCGUCCUGAUGCCAAAGAGAGAGAAUCCUCAAGGGGUUGAGGAGUAUAGACCCAUCUCUUUAAUUGGAUGCACUUACAAAAUUUUUGCUAAACUGCUCGCAAAUAGACUCAGCAGAUGUUUUAUCUUCAAAAUCGAUUUCGAAAAGGCUUACGAUAAGGUGAGCUGGCCAUUUCUUGAUUACAUGAUGGAGAGAAUGGGUUUUGAUACAGUAUGGAAGGGGUGGAUUUCUGAAUGCUUAAAAUCAAAUACCAUGUCGGUUUUAGUUAAUAGAAGCGCUACUAAAGAGUUCUCGAUGACAAGAGGGCUCCGACAAGGUGAUUCAUUAUCUCCAUUUCUAUUCUUAAUGGUGGCAGAAGCUUUAAAUGGACUAACCUCCGCAGCUGUUACAAAAGGUUACUUCCAUGGAGUCAAAAUAGGAGAUGGGGAGCUAGAGAUUAACCAACUACAGUUUGCGGAUCACACACUCUUUAUAGGUGAGGCAACUGAAGAUAACAUCUAGACAGUGAAAUGCAUAAUGAGGGCAUUUGAAUUGGUGUCAGGCUUGAAGGUAAAUUACAGAAAAAGCUCUUUAAUUGGGGUUAAUAUUGAUGAAGAAUGGACCAGAAGGAUGGCAUGGAUGCUGAACUAUAAAACAAAUUCCCUUCC